AGUCUCGUGUGAAAAGCGUGAGCGAGUUGUUUGAUCUGUGAGUUAUACUUUCUUUUUUUUUUAUGACGUGCAACAACACACAUCAUUAUGUGAAUACGGAGUAAUCGUUAUUGCUAAACAUCUAUGAGUAUCAUCUAGUCUUUUUACUCUAGUCCCACUUUCUAGUCCACACUGUGUUUUACUCACUCGUUAUUGCAAAUUGGAUUGUUUGAUAAACUUUUAUUCUCACCCAAAAAAGGACAAAGCAAUUUGUGUCACUUUUGAAAUUAUUUUAUCGUCUGCUCGAAUUGGAGAAACUUUUUUUUUCCUUUUACACAAACUGUUCUAUCGUCAAUGCUUUUUAUUGAGUUUUGACUUUUCAUUUUUCACGAUCAUUUUCCCAAAAUGGAACCCUUUGGUAAAUGGAACAGUAUCUGGUGUCCGGUCUUUCCCAUAUUUUUCAGAGAAAUAAAAUUCAAGCAUGGCUAAGAAGUACAAUCGAAUUUUGGUCGCCACAAACCGAUCGCUUCGAUCACAAACUUAAGAAACCCUAAAAUUAUGCCUCGGGGUUUUCUAGUCAAACGAUUCAGUAAGACAUCACCCCCAUUCUCAUCCCCCUCUUCCAUCACCGCAUCCCAAACAACCUGUUCACCUCCUCAUCAUCAGAGAGUGCGAAGAUAUUCGGACGAAGAUAGGAGCGAUACCAGCUCUGACCACGAGUUACUGGACUCUUCGGACAUUCUUCGACACCAUCCUUUGUUCUGCCAUCCUGGUCCACCCCCUUUGAGAAGCAACAUCCCGCAGAAAUCUCCGACGGGAGGAUCGGAUGGAGAUACUCCUUCACCCCCUUUCGUUGAUUAUAAUUCAGACUCCUGUCAGGAUGUACCACUUGCCCUGACUACUGACAAGAUUCCUCGCUCUCCAUCCAAUGGAAGAAUUGGAAAUCAUAUCUACCAACCUUUUCGAAACUCAGUAUUGUAUUUCCAGAGAUUCGACAGCACAUACCUGCCAUCAACACCUCCACCUUUGAAGUCAAAGUUGUCGCCGCCUCAUUCGGCACCAGCUUCAACAGGUAGUAGCGAACAUCUUACUCAUUCUCAACCCUCCACCCCCAAAUCUUGUCAGCCACCAAAGAAAAGAUCUGCUGACGCUUCAUUAUCUGAAGCCAAAACAAAAGCCGCCAAGAAAGCCAAAGUGGUUCGGAAGUUGAACUUUGACGAAGACAAAAGCUCUCCAGUUUCUGGAACAUUCAUUAGGGACAUCGACGACGACGAAGUAAUGUUGGCGACAUCUCACCCUGGUGCCGUGAAAAGAGGUGACAUCGAUCCCAGCCUAAAUGUAGUUGUCAUUACAGAGGAGGCAAGAGCAGAAUUGGCAAAAAUCGAAAAUAAAAUUGGAGACUAUGUUUGCCAACUCUGCAGGGAACAUUAUGAUGACGCCUUUGGGCUUGCCCAACACCGAUGUUCCCGCAUAGUUCACGUCGAGUAUAGAUGUCCGGAGUGUGACAAGGUUUUCAAUUGUCCCGCCAAUUUGGCAUCCCAUAGAAGAUGGCAUAAGCCACGUCCAUUACCCGGCAUGAAAAACUCCAAUGCAGGAAACCCGCCCAAACUGCUCUCAAAUAACUCUGCCAAAAUAGGCAAUAAAAACGAACUUAAAAUAUCAAUAAAGUCAGAGGUGAUCAAUAAAGUCAGAGAUGGUUUCAGCACGGAUCCGAGCGACACGGAGAGCAUCAGGGACACGUCCUCGCCGGAAGUGACGUCCAAUCGGCGACUGUCAACGCCUGGAGAAGAUAAGGACUUUGAGUGCCAUCUUUGUAGUAAGAAAUUCAGUCAAUAUUUCUAUUUCAGGAAACAUUUGCUUUCCCAUCUCACGGUCAAUGCAAAUGGUCAGUUGGAAAGCGAUGUUAUUCAAAGCGUUUUUUCCAAGAGCAUUUCGGAAAAGCGCACUGCUCUGGCGAGACUUAACAUAACCCCGCCUCCUGAAAACGAAAAGUCCGACAAAAACAGUUUUGUUUGUACCAUUUGUGGACUGAGUUUCCAUACAAAGACUGAGAUGGAGCAACACACUUUCAAACAUGAUGAACUGAAAGGCAUACAAUGUAAAUACUGUCCCAGUGUCUUUUACAGUUCAGCUGGUCUGACCAGGCAUAUCAACAAGCAUCACCCAAGUGAGAACAGACAAGUGAUGCACAUACAGUCACCAGUCGUCCGUCCCCUCUCAACGUAAACCUUCACCUUGGACGUUCUUUUCGCCAUUUGUUUUUUCUUUUUCGGAGGUACAAUAAGUGAGAUAUUCAACCUUUACAGAAUACACUAAAUAUGGUAUAUCUAGUCUGCUUAAGAAACUUCAAAGAUCUUUAGUUCCUUUCUUUGGAACAGAAAGUUUUUAUGUUAUUUUUCAAAUCAUUAUUUUCAAAGUGAAGUAAUCGCAAUUUGAAUAUCACUUUUUCAAAAUGCGAUUGUUUCAGUUUGCAAAAUUGCUGAAACAUUUAGAAUCAGUAAGACAACUUAGAAAUGUGCAAUUUACUAAUUUUUAAGACUUAUUUCUAAUCUAUUCCAACAAAAAACGAUUCCUGACAUGAAAAAUUUUGUAAACUUAAUAUUUUUAAUAAAAUGUUUAGCGAGAAUUAACAUUUAAGUUGCAAAAUAUAUCAAUCAAUAUCUUAAGUAUGGGAUGGGCUCACGACAAAGUAUUUAAAUUACAAGAUUUAUUCAUUCAUUUAUUUAUUUUUUUGUGCGAAAAAUCCAAAAAUGUUAUGUGAUGCAUUAAGGUAUAUUUAAUUCCUUAAACGUUUUUAUGUCGUAGGCUACGUAAAUAAUAGGAAUCUUUUAAAAUAAUUACCAUCAUUUCGAAAUAAACCAGGCUAAUUGGAAAUGUCUCCGAUAUUUUUUAUUCACUCUGAUAAUUUUUUAAGCUUAUUAUAGUCUAUUACACAGAGCCAACAUACCUUUAACCUAAAUUAAAAAUAUAUCAUUCAAUGCUCAAUGAGCCUGAUUUAUUUCAGGCAAAAUAUUCAAAGUAGUGAAAGUUUUUUUGUAAAUAGCCAUAUUGAAGUUAUAUUUCAAUAAAUCAAAGCAAAUUCAGUUUGAUUAAGUUAUUAUUCAUACAUUUCCUAAUUAUUCUAAAAUCAUGUUUGCUGAUAGAAAUAAGUCUAAAUAUAUCAGGCAAAUUAAAAAAAAAACGAAAAACACUGAAGACUCUUUGAAUUAGCCUAGAGCAUGAGAUAAAUAUAUAAGUUAUUGAAUGAAUAAGAUUUUCAAUCAAUUUAUCAUUUUCUAUUUCGUUUAUUUAGAGAAAGUUUCUGUUAAGAUCAUCAGCUGGAUGUUUAUUUAUUUAAAUGGAAUAUCCAUCUUUCAGGGGAAUCCAAAACAGGUAUCCCAUUUUUUUUUAAUUAAAAAAACGUACUUUUUUUAGAAGGAAAAAAAAAACGGCAUGAUUCAUCAAGUAGGACGAUUAAAUUUAUAUUUAUGACUCAAUUUCACUAAGGUGACCUUUAAAAAGAUAACUGGAAAAUGUAUAGCUCUAUGUAAAAAAAAAAUUAAUAAUUUCGUGCAAUUUUGACUACGCAUUUGUCGUAUGACAACAACAAACAAAACCAACCCCCCAAUGAAUUUUCAGCUUGGUCACCAGUGUUUAAACAAACGUUUCCCAAAAAAAGAAAAGAAAACAGAAUUUUUCUUUUUCUAUCGUUUGCACCUGUCAGAAGGGUACACACAUUCUUCGGGGAAAAGCCUCUUUUUCUUCUUGUUCGAGGGAUUCAAAAAUGAUUCGGAUGAAAAGUUUCGUUCUAUUCAUCAAGGCCACUAGUAGCUACUGAUAAUAAACCUGUCGCGUGGAAAACAAACACGAAUCUCCCAGUUUUAUUUGUUCUUAUUUCGAUUUCUAAAAAAUCUCGUCUGAAAUUAAUAUAAUUCUAUGAAAAUUGGCGAGGUCUUAUUUCGCCAAUACAUUUCGGAUGAAAAAAAAAAACUAUUAUAAGUAAAAAAUAUUUUUUGUUUGCGUUGACAAAGGUUUUAGUUUCAUUUUAACGACACUUUUUAGUUAAUAAUUUCUAUGAAGAAUAAAAAAUUAUUUAUAGCUACUUGUCAUUGAGUUUAAUAAAUUUGUGAGUCCCAGCACCGCCAUCAUAAGUUUAAUUAAUCUAGUUUUAUUAUUCGAUAAGCAAACAUUUAGCAUUUAAUUUGCUUUUUCUCUUUAACGUGUGUGUUUAAAAAAAAAUGUUCACGACUCAAUGAAACAUGUUCCAGAAAAUGGACACAAAAAACGCUCCUUUUCAAUGUUUUUUAUCUAAAUUCAACUACUAAAAGGAAUUACUCGCUCGUACUCACUUUUCCUAACUUUUUUUUUAUUAUCACCAUUACGAGCAAAGUCCGAGACUUCGGAGUAUAUUAUAGAUAUAAUUUUUCAGGCGAUCUCUUCGUAUUCAAAUCACUAAACCUUAGGUUUUUCGAUAUGGGUGCUAUUGCGCCCCAGGGGGCGUUGGGAUUUUCUAGAAGAUGCAAGCUUGCAUAUAAGAAAUUUUUUUAAAAAACAUUGAGUACACUUUAAAAUUAAUAUUAAAUUUUGAAUUAAAAAAAAAAACAAUUUUAGCUUUACAUAAAGUAUAUGUUAUUAAAGUAAUUAUAAAUUGUGCACUUUAUUGAGAGAAAAGUUACUAACCAGUUUUUUUAGCGAAAAUGAAUGAAACUUUGUUGUUCUACACAGAAAAUUCAUUUGUACGUAAAAGUUUAAGGUGAAUUUUUUUUUCUAUUUAAAAUUCUCAUGAACAUAAUGUAUCAAUAAUUUUCAAUUUUGAAAUAAAUUCGGUUUAAAGUUAUUUUUUGCUCUGCUUAAAAGUUUGCAGCGAGUGU